AUGUCUUACUCGUGCUCGUCAACGAUCUCCUCGUGUGAUUCGACGCCUUUGGUUUCCCCAGAUUUCCCAUCGCUUUUCCCCCAGUUAUCCCGCUCUUUUGAAACAUUUCGCGAAGAGGGAAAAACGAAGACAAAAGCGGGGAAACGUGAGAAACGUAAGUAUCGCUGCCGAGUGCGAAGCCCGGAGACAAUUGAGAGAGCGAAGAGGAAUCGAAGGGAUAAAGCAAACGCUCGUGAACGGCGCCGAAUGAACAGUCUGAACGACGCAAUGGAAAAUCUGCGCAAUUACCUCCCACAAAUGCCGGAAGAGCCAAAAAUGACCAAAAUCGAGACACUACGAGUUGCCCAAUGGUACAUCCGGAUGCUGAACAUGAUGUUGGAAGAGGGAAGUACUGCAAAUGUACAAGACAUUCAUCACUACCGUAGUCAAUUGGCGGGCAUCGAUGAAGAGAAAGACGAUCUACAAACUGAUAAAUAUUUACCGACCAAGACAGUUUUAUUCUCACUGAAUCAUGGGCAAGUGAAGUGCAAGGUGGAAAUAAAUGACAAG